CUUGGCCCCCAAGGCAGGGGUGGGGCUGCAACACUUCUCAAUGCAACGGUCCCCAGCACCCCGCCCACAGAGGCUGGGCUGAGAAGGAAGGAACAUUGGGUUUAUGGGAAUUUCCUCCCUGUGUCAGUUUAGAUAUUAACUCAGCCAGGACAGGCCAAGGCAAACAGACCGGAGCUGGAGUGGACAGAAGACAGGCAUUGGGAGCCUCGGGCCCAAUAUCAUCCUCCCACCGCCAUGGACAUGCCCUGGCCCCUGGGGUUCAUUCUGCUCCUCCUGGGGAUCCCUGUGGUCCAUGCUGAGCCUCUGUACAUCCUGGUGACGCCCCGGGUCCUGCGGGUGGGCAGCCCGGAGAAAAUCCACGUGCAGGCUCACUCGGACUCCGGAGAGCCCCUCACCAGACCCCUCGAGGUGAACCUCACCAUCUGGGACUUCCCCAUGAAGAAGAAGACGGUAGCUAGUAGCCAGCUCAUUCUCUCACCCGAAAACCACUUUAUGGACCAAACACUGGUGACGAUUCCCGAGAGCCUGGUAUACCCCCCACAACCGGGGCAGCAGUAUCUCAUCAUCCGAGCAAAUUGGGCACCCACCUCAUUCAUGGAGAAGCUGGUGCUGGUGGCUCCCCAUGCUGGCUACAUCUUCAUCCAGACAGACAAGACCAUCUACACUCCUGAGCACUGGGUUCAAUACCGGGUGUACACCGUGAACCACAAGAUGGAUCCUGUGAGCAGGACAUUCACUCUGGACAUCAAGAACCCAGAAGGGAUCACUGUGAUCAGCCAGGAUUGGCUGGCCGAGGACGGUGUCUUCACAAACUCCUUCCGGCUCCCAGAGCUCAUCAGUCUUGGGACCUGGAGCAUCGAAGCCAGUUACCAAAGUGCACCCAAGCAGAAGUUCAAGUCUGCCUUUGAAGUGAAGGAGUAUGUGCUCCCAUCUUUUGAGGUCCAGCUGAUGCCAAACAAGACAUUCUUCUACUUCAGUGAUGAGGCUCUGGGUGUGAACAUCGAGGCCCGAUAUAUAUUCAACAAGCCAGUGGAUGGACAUGCUCUGGUCAUCUUUGGGGUGAAGCUGGAUUCCCGUCGGAUCCCCAUCCAAAGCUCCCUGCAAAGGGUGGAGAUCUCUGAAGGCCUGGGCCACGUCUCCCUCCAGAAGGACACACUCAUGGCCACAUUCCAAGGCCCAGAAGAGGACUUCAUCGGGGCCUCAAUCUUUGUCAACGUCACUGUCUUCUCCUCAGGGGGUGAGAUGGUCCAGGCUGAGACCUCCGGGGUGAAGAUCGUCCGGAGCCCAUACAACAUCAAGUUCACCAGGACACCCCAGUACUUCAAGCCGGGGAUGCCAUUCCACUUCAGGAUUCCACCCCAGGUCUUCGUCUCAAAUCCUGAUGGGUCCCCAGCCUCCAGAGUCCUCGUCCGCUGCCAAAACCAAAAACUAUACACCUUGCCCAGUGGGGUGGCCACUCUGACCAUCGACACAAAUGCUGAUCAAAAGGAGCUCCCUAUCCUGGUAGAAACUGAUGAAUCUCUCCGGCCAGAGGAGCAGGCUUCAGCCAGUAUGACAGCUUGGCCUUACUUAACUCAGGAUGGGUCAGGGAACUUCCUGCACAUUGAGGUGAAGACUCUGGGCACAGAGGUUGGCAGCAAUAUCCAGCUGAGCCUCAACACAAGGCAUCAAAAUCCCGCAGAUGAGGACCGGAUCACUCACUUCACCAUCCUGGUCCUGAGUAAGGGCCAGAUUGUGUACGCCAAACACCAAGAACACAGUCAUGGGAGUGUCUACACGUCAGCCGUCAUUCACGUGACUUCAGAGAUGCUGCCCUCCUUCCGCAUCCUGGCCUUCUAUUUACUGCCCAGGGGGACAGGCUGGGAUCCUGAACUGGUGGCUGAUUCCAUUUGGAUUGAUGUGAAUGACAGAUGCAUGGGGACGCUGAAGGUUGGCAUGAAGAAUGAAAGAUACUUGCAGCUGGUAGAGCCCAGCAGCUGGGUGGAAUUGAAGGUGACAGGUGAUGCAGAGGCCACAGUGGGGCUGGUGGCCAUGGACAAGGCUGUCUCUAUCUUGAACAGCAAACACAAGCUCACACAGAAGAAGGUCUGGGAUUUGGUGGAGGAACAUGACAUUGGCUGCACAGCAGGCAGUGGGAAAGACAGACUUGCUGUGUUCAAGGAUGCUGGACUGGACAUGAAGAUGAGCACAGGGAUGGACACUUUGGCAAGCUCAGACUGGCACUGCCCCAAGAGUCCCCCUCCCAGUCGCCACCGCCGCUCCCUGAAGAGGCUGGAGACCAAGAGGAAUGCAGUGAACAAGUUCAAGACAGAGCUGGAGCGGAAGUGCUGUGAGGCAGGGCUCCGGGAGAGCCCAGUGGGGCUGUCGUGCGAGGAGAGGACCCGGCACGUCCGCCAUGGGCCAGUCUGCAUCGCCGCUUUCCUGAGCUGCUGUCACCUGUCUGAGGCCCUGACUCGAGAGGCCCGAGAGGAGCAGCUGCUUCUGGGGACGAUGGAUGAAGACGAGGACUUGGAUGACAUCUUCCUGGAGGACCAGCCUGUCCGGACCUUGUUCCCUGAAAGUUGGUUCUGGAAGAAGAUUACUCUGCCGAAAAGUGAAUCGGGCAUCUCCCACUUCAGCACCGCGGUGACCGUGCCAGAUUCCAUCACCACAUGGCAGUUUGUGGCCGUCAGCAUCAAGGCUGGACAAGGUCUUUGUGUCUCGGACCCCUUUGAGCUGACAGUCACAAAAUCCUUCUUUGUGGAUCUUAAGUUGCCCUUCUCCGUGAUCAGGAAUGAACAAGUCCAGAUCCAAGCCGUGCUGUACAAUUUCAGGGGCAACUCAGUCAAGGUCCGAGUGGAGUUCCCCUACAAGGAACCACUGUGCAGUGCAGCCAAGCCAGGAGCCCCUUCCCGCCAGGUGGUGGUCGUGCCUCCCAACUCCUCCAAGAUGGUGCCAUUCGUGCUUCUCCCACUUCAAAUAGGCAAAGUGGAAGUGGAGGUCAAGGCCAGGGGCUCUGAGGUCCAGGACCACGUGAGGAAGACACUCCUGGUCCGGGCAGGGGGUCAGAUACAGCAAAUAUCCCGUAGCAUCGUCCUGAACCCCCAAGGUCAGACCCAGACGGAGCUGGUGCCAAAACAGGACUUUUUGAACAAGAUGCCCAACACAGAGGCGGAAGUGUUUGUCAGUGUCCAAGGUGACAUCCUUGGCGAGACAAUCCUGGGCACCCUGACACCCCAAGAAACGCAGCGGCUGCUGACGGUCCCAAAUGGCUGCCCCGAGCAGACGCUGAGCUCCCUGGCUCCCGUGAUCAUCCUGACCCGCUAUUUGGAUGCCACAGGCCAGUGGAGCAAGGUUGGGGUGGAGCUCAGAGAGGAGGUGAUGAAGAACAUUGUCAGUGGAUACACCCGUAUGCUUACCCACCGGAGUGCAGAUGGCACCUACCACAGCAGCAAGGGAAACCCAGGAAGCACCUGGCUCAUGAGCUACGUGUUCCGGGUCUUUGCCCUGGCCUAUUCCACCAUGACAAUCAGGGCGCUCGACCUACACUCUCUCUGUGACAUUGCCAACUGGAUCAUCACCCAGAGACAGGCGAAGGACGGGCACUUCUUGGAGAAAGGUCCUGUGUUCAUGGCAUCCAUGCAGGGUGGCUACAAAGGCUCCGAGGCAGACAUAUCUCUCACAGCACUUGUCCUGAUCGCUCUGAAUGAGGGGAAGGAGUUGUGCAACCAGGAGAUACCGAAUUUGGCUGCCAGCAUGAAGCAAGCCUGUGACUUCCUGGAGAAAAAACUCCCCCACAUUGAGACAACUUUUGCCAUAGCAGUAGUCUCCUAUGCCCUAGCCCUCACCGGGAGCCCCCAAGCCAAUGACCGCCUGGACAGCUUUGCCAGCCAGGACAAAACCCACUGGCCAGUGGGCAGCCUGGGCGAGAACUCCCUUUACACCGUUGAGGCUACGGCCUAUGCGCUAAUGCAGAAGCUGAGACUGGGUCGGCGCAAUGAGACCCAUGCCAUCGCCAAGUGGCUACUGGAGAAGCGGGAGCUGGGAGGAGGCUUCCAGUCCACCCAGACCACGGUCGUGGCCAUCGAAGCCCUCACUCGAUUCCGCAAAGCUGUCCCCUUCGACGGUGUCCAGGAUCUCAGCGUCCAGAUCAGAGCCCCCAAGAGAGCCUUGAAUGUGGAAUGGCUCAUCGAUGAGAACAACGCCUACCAGCUGCGGUCAGCAAAGUUCUCUGCCCAAGAUGACCUAGAGAUCAAAGCCAGUGGCAGUGGAAGAGGCACCAUCUCGAUUCUGACCACGUACCACAGGUCCCCAGAGUCCUGGAAGGACACCUGCAACAUGUACCACCUAAAUGUGACUCUUAACACAGCCCCGGAAGAGAAUAAAAAGGGGGAAGCGACCUUUCAGCUCCGGAUGGACACAAGGUUCCAGGGUUAUCGUGAGGCCACAAUGACCAUCAUGGAGGUCUCCCUGCUCACCGGCUUCUACCCUAACCAGGAUGACCUCAAACAGCUCACAAGCGACGUGGAGAGAUAUGCCUUCCAGUGGGAGACCAAGAUGGACUCCAACAGCAGCAUCGUCGUCCUCUACCUGGAGAAGCUCUCCCACAAGGAAGAUACGGUGCUGGGUUUCCGAGUCCACCAGAUGCUGCAGGCCGAGUUCCUGCAGGCUGCCCAGGUCACGGUCUACGACUACUAUGAGCCGUCCCAGAGGUGCAGCUCCUUCUACAACCUGCCCACAGAGCGCUCUUACCUGCAGAAGAUCUGCCACAGAGACGUCUGCAGAUGUGCCGAGGAACAGUGCCCAUCCCCAAAGAAGGACAGCAACCAACUGAGUCAGGAGGAGCUCCAGGCAGCGGCCUGUGAGGUGGGCGUGGACUUCGUGUACAAGGCCAGGCUGGAGUCCGUGGAGACCUCCACCUCCAACCCUUACGUCUACUACAACAUGCAGCUCCAAGCCAUCAUCAAGAGUGGCACGGACUCUGCCAUACCCUUCAAGAGGAAGAAAUUCAUCUCCCACGCCACCUGCUAUGAUUCCCUGGGGCUGCAAGAACACGAGACAUACCUCAUCAUGGGCCAGACAUCUGACCUGUGGAGAGUCAAAUCUGAAUACUUCCACGUCCUGGGCAAGGAGACAUUCCUCAUGCACUGGCCAGCAGAUGGGGCAGUGGGCAAGAAGGAAUUGCUAGACCAACUGGAGGGAUUUUCAGAAUAUAUGCAUACCCAUGGCUGCGAGUCCUGAAACCCUAGACCUCGGCUGCUCCUCCGAGGCUUGUCUCCAGGCAGGCCCAGACCACUGGGCUUAACCCCGAAUAAAGAGCAUGGAAUAUCGUACCCAAACUCCAGCCAUCUGUUCCUGCUCCUGCGUUCAGCAGGGGUCCCGCAGAACCCGCCCUGACAUUGCUUGGACCUGCCUCCCCUCUCUCACUCCUACUUCAUUCCAAUCAUUCUGGCUUCCCCUGGGUCCUUCCAACACAUAUGUUGAUUCCCACCCCAGGGCCUUUGCACUUAGUGUCUCCUCCACCAGGUACACUCUUCCUCCAGAUAUCUGCAUGGGUUGAACACUUCUCUUAUUUGGACUCUGUUUUAAUGUCACUUCCUCAAAGACACUUGCUUUGCUUUGCUUUAAUAACAUAUCUGAACUACACCUCCUCCCAUCACUCUCUCCCCUUACCCUGCUU